UGAGCAGGACUGAACGCUGUGUCCACGUUUCCCCUCUGUUGAUAUAAAAAGCUCAUUCUAAGGUGACAAAAUGACAGUGAUUCUUAGUUCUUACGUCUUACGAGUAUGAUAUUCAAUUUCUGUGAAUCGAUCCCCCUAAAUCCUACAGACUGAACCUUUAAAUAAACAUACAAUGGUUUGAAAAAAAAUGAAGAAGAAACAAUAUUGUAAUGCAGGAAUUCGAAUUGGUUUUAUAUGAACAACUUAAGUGUCAGACGCAGCAAACCUUCUUGUCCUUUACAUCCCGAUGCAGGAGGUGGCAGUAAUGCACCUAAAAGUUUAAAGUGAAGACGCAGAAGAAGAAGGAGCCGGAAGUGUGCAACUGUCAGUUUUGUAACAACAUUGCAGCGCUGCUUUUUGGAUGAAACAAACACAACCUGGUGUUCAGAGUCAUUUUAUACACUUUUAUGUAUUGAUCGUGGCGUUAGAGAGCAGCAUGGACCCGUCGAAGGCAGGGGGGCCGGACGCAACCGGUCCCGGUCCAGAACAGACUCCCAAACUCGAGCUCUCUGCAGCGAUGCGGGCGAAGAUCGAGCGGAACCGGCAGCGGGCGUUGAUGCUCCGGCAAGCCAGACUGGCGAGCCGCCCUUUGUCCGCCGUGGAGGGAGCAACCUCGGCCAAAGUGUCCAGGACCAUCGACUCCGGGGCCGGCUUCUUCAUCGAGGAGGAGGAGGACGAAGAGCAGGAGCAGAGGACCAGGAAGGUUGUGCAUCAGCCAGCUCCUGUGAUUGAGGCAGACUACCUGGUGUGUGAUGACUGUCAAAAACCCUUUAUGGACUCCUACCUCAGCAACAGCUUUGACCUGUCUGUGUGUGACAAGUGCAGAGACAAUGAGGAGAAACAUAAGCUGAUUUCCAGAACUGAGGCCAAGCAGAAUUACCUGCUGAAGGACUGUGACCUGGACUUGAGAGAACCUCCGCUUAGGUUCGUACUGAAGAAAAACCCUCAUAACCCACGCUGGGGAGACAUGAAGCUCUACCUCAAAUUGCAGGUGGAGAAGAGAUGUAUGGAGGUGUGGGGUUCAGAGGAGGCUCUGGAGGAGGCCAAAGAGGCGAGGGAAGAUAAUCGAGAGGUGCAGAAACAGAAGCGCUUCAACAAGAAGGUCAAAGAGCUGCGCAGGGCGGUGAGGAGCAGCAUGUGGACCAAAGACACCAGCGUUCACCAACACCAGUACGGACCAGAGGAGGUGGUGGAUCCAGAGGAGGAUCUCUACAAGAAGACCUGCACCACAUGCGGUCAUGAACUCACCUACGAGAAGAUGUAGAUACAAACACCCCCCCCAACACUGACUGAUACAGGUUCAGCCUACAAGGAGAAGACUAAACCUUCUCUGCCUCAUGCUGUGUUCUUUUGUUCUGUUUUUUUUUCUGGUAUUUAUUUUUUUUCUGUCAUUAAUAAAACACUCUAUGCUGAUCGCAUCUAAUGGGCCAAAUCCCUCACAUAUCGAUACUGACAGUCAGCAGUCAUUUCUCUUCUUAACGGCUGGUGACCUCAGCUGAACUCUCUUUAAGUGUAUAUUUUUAGCAAUAACGACACAUUGCCCUUUCUGACCACUGCCUAUUUCUACACUUCCUGUUACUUUUUUAGGCAUUUAGAGUUUCUCAGUGGGCCAACAAGGGAAGUCACACUACUGAAACUUGAAAAUACUCUCUUGCGUAAGAUAGUAAAUUGUGUGACCGGCUUUAUGACCGGACCAAAUGUGAGCAUUAAGAACAAAACUCUGCUACCUUUUUAAGAAAAAUGUUAAUUUUGAAAAGGGGCAUCCAUUUUUAGGAUUUCAUGUUUUUGGACACUCAUCUUUGUCUUCCUUACAGCAAGUCCCCACAGAUUUAAGUCAUAUGUGUCAAGUCUGCAUAUUAAAAUGCAGCACCACCUCUCUUGUUGCCUUACUGGACAGCGUUAUAUCAUAAGUCAUAUCUCCUCCUGGCUUAAUGAACAUUACUUUCCAGGAUUGUUAUUGGUGACCUCCAUGUCAUUGAACAAACGACCAAUGCAAGGACCUCAGUCUGCUCUGACGUUGCUCAGAAAUGGUUCAGCAUGAGAUCUCAUGAUUUCAGACCGUUUCUGUGAACUAGUUUUUGACAUUUCAGAUAUUCACUUGGUGAUGAUUAAGAACUGGUGCUAAGAGUUACCUUAGGUGUCAUUUUGGUAAUUUCUGUAAAGACUAGGAUGAGAUAAAUUAAAUGUGUAAAACAUUUUAUAAAUCUUUGUAAAAUGAAUUUGUAAUGUAAAAGUCUGUUUUAUUAAAGUUUCUGAUUCCG